UCCAGCCAAACCAAAGAAUGUAGAACUGAAUUUUAAAGCACCUACGAAUCAAGACAGUUUAGAAAGUGAGCAGGAUACUCUUGAAAAACCAGUUAAUAAAACUAACAGCAACAUUGCCAACAAAAUUUCCUUGUUUGAAAAUAAAUGCGCUAACCAGAGCCAGAGGCCUACUGACAUCCCUGCUUCAAAAAAUAGUACUGUACCAAGCACAUUUGUUGGCAGAGCAAAGCUCAAAUUUGGUAAACAACCUAAGGAAAGUGAACAGCCUGAUAAAACGUUAAAUAAGCAAAGCAGUCGCCAGAAGUUAUUUGAGAAUGGCACACCAGAGAAAGAAAGCGCUGCAGAAUUAAAAGGCAAAAAUGAAGAAUGCUCUACCUCUUGUGAGGAUAUUGGGAAGACAACAGAACUAAAAGUAAAAGCUGCGAUAUCCCUUUUUAACCAAAGCAGCAAAAUUGAUGCUAGUAGUAUCUCUCUGAAGCAACCUGAUCCAGAAUUGACCACAGCUAAAAAAGAAAUUUCACCUUUUAAACUGUCUUUGCACUUGCCCAGUAAAAGUGAAAAUGCUCAAGAUACUUCCUACCAAAGAAAUAACACGAGCUCAGAAUUCCACAGAAAUGAAGAAAAGUUGUUGCCAAACACAGAGGUUUUAUCACCUUGCAAUGAUGAUAAAUAUCCUCUACCAUCUCGUCAGGUUUCUAGAUCAGAGUGUAAGAAGAUAGAAAAUGGAGAGAAAAAGGCAAAGCUGGGAGAUUUGAGCAUUACAGCACUGCAGUACGAUGACAGCAGUCAAGAUGGUAUAUUGGUAUCAGAGCACAACAUCAAUACACAAAAGAGCCCUGGCAAAACUUGUAAUGGGUCUGCUGAAGAUGACAGCAUUUUUGAUUCCCCAUCCGACAUGAGGAAGUUUGCUGAAACAAUAAAAAACUUGGACAGCUCAGUUUGUUUACCCCAGAAAAAGAAAAGGUCAAAGCUUCCCAAGUCCCCGGCGCCCCACUUCGCAAUGCCUCCCAUUCAUGAAGACAACUUAGAGAAAGUAUUUGAUCCUAGUGUAUUUACUUUUGGUUUGGGACUGAGGAGGGAAAAAACACAGGAUCUGUUACCGGCCCAACAAAUUAAAAUGCAAAGCCUGGAAACGAUAGCCAGAGUCAGGCCCAAGCGUGCAUCAACAGAGCAAAGUAUCAUAUUCAAAGCCCUGCAGUCAUGUAAUAGAGAGGAACCUGCCUUUACUCAGGAAUUAAAUGGAAAAGAGAACACUGAUGGUGCAGAUGGUGAAAUUAAGAGAUCCCGGCUUGAAAAAAGCUCCCUCUUCUCAAGCUUGCUGUCUUCUACAUCUAAAGAAAAGUUUUUUAAUCCUUCUGUCACCUCAGUAAAUAACACUGCAGCAGCUUUUACAACUGACUCCUCAGGGAUGCCUCCUUUACAACAGGAUGCUUCUGGGCCAUUCGGCAUGCCUCAAAAAUCUGAGUCUCUUUCAGAUAUGAAGUUUCCGAGUUUUGUGGAGAAGUACAUGCAAGCAGAUAGUGCAAAAAAAGAACUAAGUUUACAGAUGCCCAACUACGGGCACCCUGAGAAAAGUUUUUCCAGCUGGUUAGGGACAAGCAGAUAUGAGUCAAAUGUCCCCACUGGUUUAUUAGAUGUGGAUGCACUUUCAAGAAAUGGACAAAGUAAAAUCAAUCCCAGACCCGGCAAGCUGGUGAUAUACUGUGAAUCAGACUAUCAAAAAAAGGGUAUUGAAGUUUUCCAUGAUAUUCUGGAUUGCAGUUCUUGGGUUCUAUCACCAACACUUUUAGUUAAAGUCAUCAGAGGAUGCUGGAUACUCUAUGAGAAACCAAAUUUUGAAGGCCCCUCUAUUCCUCUGGAAGAAGGAGAGCUGGAACUCACAGAUAUUUGGGGUGCAGGUACUCCUGAAGAGCAAAAUGAAUGCAAAUCCCUAAAGCCUGCUGUGAUUGGUUCAAUAAGACAUGUUGUUAAGGAUUACAGGGUUUGUCGAAUUGAUUUGUAUACAGAACCUGAAGGGUUAGGAAUCGUGACUUCCUUUUUUGACGACACUGAAGAAACAGGGGUGUUUGGCACCACUCAGAAGACUUGUUCUAUCAAAGUACACUGGGGCAUAUGGCUAAUUUAUGAAGAACCUGGUUUCCAGGGGGUCCCUUUAAUGUUGGAGCCUGGUGAAUAUCCUAAUUUAGCAUUCUGGGAGAAGAAGGAAGCCUACAUCAGGUCCAUGAGGCCCUUGAAAAUGGGUGGUCGCAAAGUUGAAUUCAGUGGAGAGCCAAAGGUAAUCAUUUAUGAGAAGCCUUUCUUUGAAGGGAGACAUGUGGAAUUAGAAUCAGAAAUCUUUAUGCUUGAUGACAAAGAAUCAGAAGAAAAGACAAGACUUCCACUUACAUCAGUGAGAUCCAUGAAAGUACUGGGAGGAGUUUGGGUCGCUUAUGAGAAGCCUGGGUUUGAAGGCCAUCAGUAUUUGCUGGAAGAAGGAGCGUAUCGGGAUUGGACAGACUGGGGUGGCUAUGAUGAAGAGUUGCAGUCAUUGCGACCGAUUGUUGGCGACUUCACAAGCUCCCAUAUGAUAAUGUACAGUGAAAAAGACUUUGGACCAAAGGGUUCCAAUAUUAAUGUGUUAGGAAUUAUUUCCAAUUUGAAAGACACUGGAUAUGGGCUGAGGACACAGUCUAUAAAUGUGCUAAGUGGCGUGUGGGUGGCUUAUGAGAAUCCUGAGUUUACGGGGGAGCAGUAUAUACUGGCUAAAGGGCUUUAUCCCAGCGUUGAGGCAUGGGGGGGAAAGAAUUGCAAAAUAUCUUCAGUUCAACCCAUCAUUAUGGAUAUUGUUGGAAGCGAAAGGGGUAAAGUCAAGGUCCAGUUAUUUUCAGAGCCUGAAUUCAAGGGUAACUGCCAAAUAUUUGAAAAAAACACAAGAUGUAUUGAUUCAUUUGCUGUGAAGUCUUCAAAAAUUUUAGAUGGCAGCUGCAUAGUGUAUGACCAGGAAGAAUUCUCUGGUAAUCAGUAUGUGUUAGAAGAAGGAAUUUAUCCUGAUCUGACGGCGAUGGGUUGUUCACCCCAAGCAGUUCUAAAAUCUUUACGGAUUAUAAAUAUUGAGCUGUCUGAGCCGUGCAUAGCUCUUUUUGAAAAGGUGGGUUUCCAAGGAAAGAAAAUCGAAUUCAGUACAGAAAUCUUAAAUCUCCAGUUCCUGGGAUAUAAUCCUCGAAUAGCUUCAAUUCAAGUCCUUGGCGGCGUAUGGAUAAUUUAUGAACAUAGUAAUUACAGGGGACGUCAGAUGUUGUUAUCACCGAAUGAAAUUCCAGAUUGGUAUAAAGCGAGUGGUUAUUGUCAGAUUGGUUCUCUGAGACCUUUACUGCAGAAACGUGUGUACUUCAGGCUUCGAAACAAGGAAACAGGAAAAUUCAUGUCAGCUGAUGGAAACUUAGACAAUUUGAAUCUUCUCAGAAUACAAGUUGCAGAAGACACAGACUCAGAUGAUCAAAUCUGGGUUUAUCAGGAUGGAUUCAUAAGGUGCCGGAUGGCAGAAGAUUGCUGCUUGACAAUUGUUGGAAAUCUUAUAACUCCUGGCUCUAAACUCGGUCUGUCAUUUGAGCGGAAUGAAGACAAACAAUAUUGGCAUAUUAGUCCCGAUGGCAGGAUUUAUAGCAAGAUGAAACCCAAGCUGGUUUUAGAUAUCAAAGGGGGUGCACAAUACGAUCGUGACCAUGUUGUUGUCAACACAGUCAACGAAGAAAAGUCAACGCAGUGUUGGGAACCACUAGUUGUAUAA